GGGAAGGCUGCUUCUGCCGAAACGUCCCGGGCAUCCUCUUGAUACGUGACGAGGAGAAAAAAGGGACUAUGCUAAAUAUUUUGGACAGAAGAAGCGAGAUCCCGUCAGGUGCAUGACCCUGGGCGAUAGGCCUCAAAGGGCAGAAACUGCCCCCCUCUCAGAGGGCAGGCUCGUGAAGGCUCACACAUCACCAAAAAAGCCCCUUCGUGGCCCUGCAUUGAUGAACUCGGGCCCAAUUAUCCGUUCAUCGGCAGAAGCCCCCAGCAGCUUGCAGCCCAAGGUAGAAAAUCAGCAUAUGUCCGCUGAGUGAGUUAGGGCAUCUACACUGUGUGGUGCCUCCUCCAGUGGGACCGCAAGUCUACACCCGUCAGUGGGCACCGCCGUCUCGUGACUUUGUAGUGAGCACAGAGUGGGGGUGUCAACUCUGCCCCUGCUCGCCCUUUCUCCUCUUUGUCUCUAUUCACUUGAGGAAACACAGCGAGCAGGCAGGGCUGCGUUGUGGGAUCCGUAAAGCUUAAGGUUCCUUGGCAGUGCCCGCCUCCUUGCCUGCAUCCCUCCCCUUUUCCACGGCCAGCACCCUCCGCCCCACAACCUUCUGCUCCGUGACCUGAUUUAUGGCUGCUGGUUAACUGAUCACUGGGCCUAAAUUUUCUAGUUUAUUAGCGCUAAGGGGUUUCCUGGGAGUCUAUUUAGUUUUUAACCUUUCCCAUUAAGAAAUUGGUGUGUGUGUGUGUGUGUGUGUGAAGAGAGAGAGAUUCAACAGUAUAAGCAUAUAUACUUCAGUGAGGAGUUCCUGACGUCAGCUGACAGAGGAGAAAGAAACAACCGGCAGGAUAGAAGGUUCUCGGAGCUCCGCCCCCACCUCAUGCGCUCCUCAGGGGACCAGGAUGACAUUCUUCCGUGUGAAGGUGUGCAGCAAGGAGAGGAGGGUCUGUCACCUGAAGAGAUAACAUUUUUGGAAGAGUUCCCCAUCGUGAAGGAGGAGCUGGAAGCAGGCAUCAGAAAGCUCCACGCCCUUGCAGACCACAUCAACACAACCCACAGAACACUCACCAAAACCAACAUGGCGGCCAACUCCAUGGCGGUGGUCUCAGGAGCCAUGAGCAUCCUGGCUCUAGUCCUUGCUCCAGCAACAGCAGGAGGAAGUCUGAUGUUCUCCGCUGCUGGUAAAGGUCUGGGGACAGCAGCUGGGGUCACCAGCAUCUUGAUCAACAUUUUGGGACACUUUCGAAAUCAAGAAGCCCGAGCUCAGGUCAGCAGCCUAGUGCCCACCCGUGGCCACGAGGUCGGGGAGCCCGGGGGGCAGAAGGCGUCUUACCUCAUGGCUGUUGGAAAGAUGGCUUAUGAUUAUGGAAGUGCCAUCAAGGAUAUUAAGAAGGACAUCCGCGCCCUUCAGAUAGCUAGAGCCCACCCACGUCUGGCCACUGCUGCUAAGCGUCUCCUGACCACUGGCCGAGUCUCGGCCCGAAGGAGCAGGCAGGUGCAAAGGGCCUUUAAAGGCACGACGCUGCUGAUGACGACAAACAUUCGCUUGCUGGGGAGUGCGAUGGCGGGCUUAUCCCUCGGCCAGGACUUGACCGCCCUCCUGAAGGACUGGAAGCGACUGAAGGAAGGAGCAAGGACGAAGUCUGCGGAAGAGCUGAGGGCCCAGACCUGGGAGCUGGAAAGGACGCUGACAGAACUCACCCAGCUCUAUGAGAGCCUGAAGCGGAGGAAACUCUUCCAAGAGGAAAGACCCAGGAGCUCAUCUUCGGGAGGAGCCACGGGGUCUCUGCCCCAGCCCCCAGCCAGGCGUGGGGAAGCAGGACCCCAGGGGACACAAGAGGAUGAGGGCAGGCUGAGCCGCCGCCGGGCCUCUGAGCAGAAUUAAAAGGGGCAGGGCGGAGGCGGGCUGGUUGGCAGAAGGGAUGCCCGGAAACUGAGCAACCAGAAGGUCCACCUGGGUCCCGAGGGUGCUGUCAGCUGGUGAGGGUGGCCAGAGCCAUCUGUCCUGCUUCUCCUUUGCCACCCGGCUUCUUCAUUGUCCCCCACUCUUCCCUGGGGAGCCACCUCAUUCCCACUGCUUUGUCAGCACCCCGUUCACUCAUGUGCACACAGGCUCUCUGCUAAGCAGGGACCAUGAGACAAGGAAGGUCCCUCAGGUGAAGGUCACCUUGGGCUCACCUUGCGCUCACCGGCUGCCUUGCUCUGCUCUCUUCCUCCCCCUGCCCUGCCGUAAAACCCUGGGUUUGCACACACAGGGAUGUCACCGCCGGACCAGAUUCCAUCAGGAGCCCUCCCUUUCUCUCCAAGUGCUCUGCGCAACUUAGGACCUCUCCAGGCUUCCCCAUUCACCUGUCUCUUCUUUUCUUCUUUUUUAUGUUUUCGCUGCUAUUUUGAAAGCAGUGCAUGGACAUGAGGUACAACUUUUUUUAAAGUUCAGGAAAGUAAAAACCAGGCGUUGGAAACAAUGCAUCAACCAAGGGUGACCACUGUUGGCAGCCGGGUGUGGAAUUUCCUUCCCGUGGUUACUUGCUUUGGGUGUUAAGGUGUAGGGGUCAUUAGACUGCGUGCGGGCGGGGGGGCGGGGCUU